GGCUGGGAAAGUAAAGCCAACAGGCUUGUUUGCCCGGAGAGUUGCCUAGAGAAACAGAACACUUGAGAGCCUCUUCUGUCCCCUCUCCAGCCUCCUCCUUGGUGCUGAAGUCACAACCCCAACGAGCCUUCUCCCACCCUUGUCCCUCUCCUGCGGCCUGAGGAACCCGAAACGCGGAGGGCUGAGAAUGAGACGAUAGUGAAGGAUGAAGAAAUAGCUUUGGACCCGUGGAACAUGAGGCCGAUGCCCCUAUUGCAACUGGCGCUGCUUGUCGCCAUGCCCAGGGGCCUGGGGGGAAAAGGGUGUCUUUCUCCGCCCUGCGAGUGCCACCAGGAGGACGACUUCAGAGUCACCUGCAAGGAUAUCGACCACAUUCCCAGCCUACCGCCCAGUACGCAGACUCUGAAGUUUACAGAGACCCAUCUGAAAACCAUUCCCAGUUGUGCAUUUUCAAAUCUGCCCAAUAUUUCCAGGAUCUACUUAUCAAUAGAUGCAACACUGCAGCGGCUGGAAUCACAUUCUUUCUACAAUUUGAGUAAAAUGACGCACAUAGAGAUUCGGAAUACCAGAAGCUUAACUUUCAUAGACCCUGGUGCCCUAAAAGAGCUGCCUCUUCUGAAGUUCCUUGGCAUUUUCAACACUGGGCUUAAAAUAUUCCCUGACCUGACCAAAGUCUAUUCCACUGAUGUGUUCUUUAUACUGGAAAUUACAGACAACCCAUACAUGACUUCGAUCCCUGCAAAUGCUUUUCAGGGACUGUGCAAUGAAACCUUGACACUGAAACUAUACAACAAUGGCUUAACUUCAAUCCAAGGACAUGCUUUCAAUGGGACAAAGCUGGAUGCUGUUUACCUGAACAAGAAUAAAUACCUGACAGUUAUUGACAAAGAUGCAUUUGGAGGAGCAUACAGUGGACCAACCUUGCUGGAUGUCUCCUAUACCAGUGUUACUGCCCUGCCAUCCAAAGGCCUGGAGCACCUCAGGGAAUUGAUAGCAAGAAACACUUGGACUCUAAAGAAACUUCCACUUUCCUUGAGCUUCCUUCACCUCACACGGGCUGACCUUUCUUAUCCAAGCCACUGCUGUGCUUUUAAGAAUCAGAAGAAGAUCAGAGGGAUCCUUGAGUCCUUAAUGUGUAACGACAGCAGUAUUCGAAGCCUGCGGCAGAGAAAGUCUGUGAAUGCUUUGAAUGGUCCCUUCUACCAGGAUUACGAAGAGGAUCCAGGUGACCACAGUGCUGGGUACAAGGAAAACUCCAAGUUCCAGGAUACCCACUCUCAUUAUUAUGUCUUCUUUGAGGAACAAGAAGAUGAGAUCAUUGGUUUUGGCCAGAAGCUCAAAAACCCACAGGAAGAGACCCUACAGGCCUUUGAUAGCUAUUAUGACUACACGGUGUGUGGGGGCAAUGAAGACAUGGUGUGUACCCCCAAGUCAGAUGAGUUCAACCCCUGUGAAGACAUAAUGGGCUACAAGUUCCUGAGAAUUGCGGUGUGGUUUGUUAGUCUGCUGGCUCUCCUGGGCAAUGUCUUUGUCCUGCUCAUCCUCCUCACCAGCCACUACAAACUGACCGUCCCACGUUUUCUCAUGUGCAACUUGGCCUUUGCAGACUUCUGCAUGGGGAUGUAUCUACUGCUCAUCGCCUCUGUAGACCUCUACACUCACUCUGAGUACUACAACCAUGCCAUCGACUGGCAGACAGGCCUCGGGUGCAACACAGCUGGUUUCUUCACCGUCUUUGCCAGUGAGCUGUCAGUGUAUACACUGACCGUCAUCACCCUGGAGCGCUGGUAUGCCAUCACCUUCGCCAUGCGCCUGGACCGGAAAAUCCGCCUCAGGCAUGCAUCUGCCAUCAUGAUUGGGGGCUGGGUUUGCUGCUUCCUGCUUGCCCUGCUCCCUUUGGUAGGAAUAAGCAGCUACACCAAGGUUAGCAUCUGCCUGCCCAUGGACACCGAGACCCCUCUUGCCCUGGCAUAUAUUAUCCUCGUUCUGCUGCUCAACAUAGUUGCCUUUAUCAUCGUUUGCUUCUGUUACGUGAAGAUCUACAUCACAGUCCGAAGUCCCCAGUACAACCCAAGGGACAAAGACACCAAAAUUGCGAAGAGGAUGGCUGUCUUGAUCUUCACUGACUUCAUGUGCAUGGCCCCCAUCUCAUUUUAUGCUCUGUCAGCACUUAUGAACAAGCCUCUCAUCACUGUUUCCAACUCCAAAAUUUUGCUGGUUCUCUUCUAUCCACUUAACUCAUGUGCCAAUCCAUUCCUCUACGCUAUUUUCACCAAGACCUUCCAGCGAGAUGUAUUUAUUCUGCUCAGCAAGUUUGGCAUCUGUAAACACCAGGCUCAGGCAUACCGGGGCCAGAGGGUUUCUCCAAAGAACAGCACUGGUAUUCAAGUCCCAAAGGUCACCCAAGACUUGAGGCAAAAUCACCCCAACAUGCAAGAUGACUAUGAACUGCUUGAAAAAUCCCAUCUAACCCCAAAUAAGCAGGGCCAAAUUUCAAAAGAGUAUAAGCAAACAGUUUUGUAAGGUGACCCUACACUCACCACUCACUGUUGUAGGGGGGCUUAAAACAUGCUGGUUUCUUGAACAUGCAUUCCAAACCCUCGACACACAUGACAGCUCACUAACUCUUGUGCAGGUGACAUUUCACUAGGCAAGAAUUCAUCUCUUGAGAGGAACUAGCAUUAACCUAAUCAUCAACCCCAAGAAGGAAGAGAGGCUACCAGCAUGUCUGAACCCCUGGUAAUAUCAAAAUAAUCUAUACUUUGGAAGGCUUUGCUUGAUGCUAAGUGCAGAGAUGACAUUAUGUAAGAUGCUCAACAGCUGUCAAUUCAUCCACAUCAACACCGACCUUCUUACUGUUAUACAGUAUUUCAUACAAAAGAUUCAGCAAAUGGCAAAGGGUUACCUUGGUUGGCAGUCACAAAAUAAAUCAGCUACAUGUUGGCUCAGUCCGAGUUCAUGUCCUGAUACAACCAAAGAGAGUUUGAGUUCCUUGAAAGUGAAAAGUCAAACAGGACAUCACACAACGAAUGGUUAUUUUGAGACCUGAAUGAAGGAGGGGAAAGUCUUAGCUUUGAGUUGAUUUUUUCAGACUCUGAAACUACUUUUUAAAAUUUUAUUUUAAUUGUUGUUCAAGUACAGUUUUCUGUCUUUUACUCCCAUCCCAGACCACUCCCCCAACC